AUGUUCUCUGGUGGUGGCGGCUUCGGUGGUGGCUUCGGCCAGAACCAACAGCAGCAGCAGCAGCAACAACAGCAACAGCAACAACAGCCGCAAGGUGGUGGAUUUGGUUCAAAUGCUACCGGUACUGGAUUCGGAGGUGAGUACGAUUAUUCCCUUUCCCCCUUCCUUGCGAUCACAAGCACACACACCCCACCCCUUUGUAUACAAGAUAUGCUUUAUGGGGCGGUACCCAGUACGUUUCCGAAUGUGUCUAACGGACACCCUGUGGGAAUCCUGCAGGCUUCGGUCAAACGACACAAAACCAAUCGACGGGUUUCGGUUCCACGGGCUUCGGCGCGAACACCCAAUCGACGGGUUUCGGUUCAACUGGUACGUACAGGAAGCGACGAGACUUUCUGA